AUGGGAAAUGGAGGAUUGCCACCGGGCUUUAAUUCUUUUCAGCCGCUCGGUGGGGCGCCACCCGUCCCUAACCUACCCAUCGACCCAAUAGUUCUGCCGCCCAACAUGCAAUACCUAGUUAAUAUUGGCGUCCCAGUCCUUCCGCAGGCCGAAGUCGCGGCGCUCGAGUUGAUGAAUGAGACGGAGAGGGCCGUCAUUAUAAUGUCCUCCUUGCGGUUCCUUAUUGGACGUGGGGGAGCCCGGCCUGGGGCCGCGCCCACCGGCCCCAAUAGAGCCGAGGCCGCAAGCGAGGCGGAACAGAUCCGCCGGUUCAAUUACCACGGGAAAGAGAGGGAAUUCAUGCGCAGCGCAGCCCGGGAGGCCAUGUUGAUCCCGGAUAUCGAGGCCUAUACAAGGGACAACCGCGAGCAAUCUGUCUUCCGACUAGUUAUGGCCACCAUCAACAGGCAACCCCCUGCCCACCUACGUACCCACUACCCGCCGGGGUAUGCCGCCGGCCACCGCCUGGCGGUAAACCACACCCAGGCGGAAGUCAAGCGUCAGAUCAAGAAUGUCCGCCAUCAAGUGAGGAACAUCCUCUUGACGGGGAUUGUUCCACAGACCAACGGCGACCUCCCCGCGAUCCCCCAUAUCAACAGGUGCGCUCGAGAGGUAUGGAGAUACCUCAACGCUGGGCCCACAUUGACAAACGGCGAGAUAGACACCCUGUUGUCCCACAUGGACAACAUUAUGUUCAAGGCACGCGUCGCCUUUUUGCGGCUCGCGACAAUUGAAAAUCAUUUCGAUCCGGCCUCCCGGACUGUCUCCCAAUGGGAGCAAAUUGACCACCACCUGGCCGACCUUUGCGAGCGUGGCGGAGAUGCUUCUGCCGCAUGGGCCCGCCUCGUCUGCCAAAAGGACAAGGCCUUUUUUGGGUCCAGUCCCAUGUUGGCCAACGUUAACCGGGCCGAUUGUGUCUGCCCGACCGCCGAGGAAGUCGCCGCCCUCGCUGCGGACAUGGCGGAUGCUUGA